CCGGCGCCGGCAACGCCCCGUACCUUCUUCCUAUCAGCUCCACCGAUCGCUGCUUAUUUUGAGCCCUCCCCCCUCGCCUCGCCCCGCCUCACGCCGCCCCGCCCUGCCUUGCUGCCCACUCAAGCCCCUUCCUACCCGGGGGUAGCCUUGCGUCUGGGCGCCUGCUCCUGCGCCGCGGUCCUCCGUGCACCGCCUGCCUCGGAAGAAAAUGCUCCGCCGGAAGGACGUGCUGGCGGUGGCCCUCGCCGCCGCCAUGGCGGCCGUCAUGUAUCGCAUGAAUUUCCACACCAAAAAGAAGGCUCCCCGCACCCGGUCGACCAGCACACAGGCCAUCACCCGCCACAAGUCCACCGCUCGGUCCCGAGCCGAACGCAUUCUCGCCAUCAUCCUGCCGCCGCUCCUCUCCAAGGAAUCCUUCAUCUUCGCCAGCCACACUGCGAUGCUACUGUUUCGCACCUUCCUGACCAUGCGUCUGGCCAAGCUUGAUGGCAAGAUCGUCGGACAUUUGGUCAAGGCCGAUGGCCGGGGCUUCGUUCGCGGCUUGUCGGCCUGGCUGAUGAUGGCCAUCCCGGCCUCGGCAACCAAUGCCCUGCUUUCCUACCUGCAAAGUGAGCUGACAUUGGCCUGUCGCGACCGGCUGACCGGUCACCUGCAGGAUCGGUACUUGUCCACGACCACCGACCGGGCGCAUCUGGAGAAGCUCUACUACAAAGGCAUGCACGGGGCUCCGCCUGGGCUGUACUACUAUGCCGAGGAGGCCAUCACCUCCGGCGAGCCGUCCAGCGAUCGAGUCAGCCAGCCGCCACUUGACACGGCGGGACCCGGCGGCCCGGGCCCGGCCCCGACCACCGGCACGGCUGCCCCCGGCGGCGCUGCGAUCGACGAUGCGCCCCACCGAAUCACCCACGAUGCGGCGGCCCUGGCCUUCGCCAUUGUGGAGCUCCACAGCGGCAUCACCAAGCCGGUGAUCGACAUCAUCAUCAUGAACAUCCGCGUGGCCAAGCUCAUCGGCGGCACACACCGGGCCGAUGGCACAAGCAAAACCUUCCUGGAAUCCGCGUACCAGGGAACGCUGGCCCUGGCCACGGCCCAUGCCACCGUGCAUCUGACGGCCUGGGCCUGCCGGCAGCUGGGCAGUCGUGCAGCCCGGCAAAUCCUCCGGCUCUUCGACGACGCCGUGGCCCUUCCACCCGGCGGCCACAUGCCGCAGGUCCUGGCCAGCUCCGAGCGCCCGACCAUCAAGUCCCUGGGCCAGGCGUCGGCCGAGCUGGCCCGGCGGGAGGGGGCCCUUCGCACGGCCUACUCGCGUCUGGACGCCGCGGCCGAGGAGGUGAGUUUCCUGCGCGGCGGCGACCGGUGCACGGUGACGAUGGACAGCGCCGAUGCCACCCGGGCCACAUCCAAGAGCCGGCUGGCCAUGGCCGGCGAUCGGGCAGCCCCCGACGGCGACACCUCCGACGGGGCCUCCCCCCGGCACCCGGCCUGCUAUGAGGACGGCAUCAUGCUAAUUGGCCCGCAUGGGCCGCUGUCUGUCCGGAGCUCCACGGCCUUCGGACCACUGACACACGCAUACCGCUCCAACGAGGGGUCCCCCAUGAUGGGCCCGGCCGGCGGUCACGAAAGUCAAGUCGCCCGGUCGACCGGCCUCGGCGCGCCAAAGCACGCCCCCGCCUGCCCUCCGGGGCAUGGCGCUCGCCGGCAUGGGCCCGAGACCGGGGCCCUGCGCGAGGCAUUCGACGCCCUCAUGCGGCAAAGCUACUACCUCGAUCGCAUGCGCUUUGCCCAUGCCUCGGUGGAGCAGUACAUCACCAAGUACAUCUACACGGCCGCCGGGCAUCUGAUCUCGGCGGCCGGCACCAGCGACGGCGCGGGCGCCCUGCUGUCCAUGAUCCCGGGCUUCCGGCCGACUGUCAACAACCCCCUGGCCGCCGGGGCAAGUGCUCGGGAUCGCCUGGCCGAGGAGGAGGAGCAAACCUCCGAGCGCGCGUCCAGCCUGGUGGCCACGCGGCGCUUGCUGAAUUCCAGCGCCGAUGCCACGGCCCGCGCAUCCAAGGCUUGGGCCGACUCGGCGCCCAAGGCCCAGGGCUUGGUCAAUCGCAUUGGCGAGAUGCUGGAAACAUGGGACGCCAUCGAGGCCGAUGCCCGUCAGCAUCGGGAUCGCAAGCCGCCACAAAGCCACCGGUCCACGGCCACCGGCCGCCCAGCACCGACGCCGCUGGACCCCGGCGUGCAGGUGUACGCCCGUGGCCGGAUGAAGCAGUCGGCCGACACGAUUGAAUUCCACCGGGUGACGCUCCUGCCGCCGGUGAUGACCAGCGGCCGGAGCCCCGAUCGUCCAGGCGGCGCGCCGCUGCUGCAAGAAAUCUCCUUCACCAUUGCCAAGGGCGAGCACUUGCUAAUCCUCGGGCCCAAUGGCUGUGGCAAGUCCUCGCUCUUCCGGGUGCUGGGUGGCCUGUGGCCCGUGUGGGGCCCCUCGCGGGAAUGUGCCACAUGCGCCGGCACCGGUCAGCACCGGCACCGGAUGUGCACCGCAUGCCACGGCCUGGGGGCCUUGACUGAUGCCUUCGUGUCGCGGCCCUCCGGGGGGGUGUUUUACGUGCCACAACGCCCGUACCUGACCAAUGGCACCCUCCUGGAGCAGAUCAUCUACCCCCACAAUGAGGAAGACAUGCGCCGACGUGGCUUCGACGAGGCCGACGUCAUGGAGAUUCUCGGCAAAAUGGGCAUCCAGCGCAUGGUGACCUCCCGGUCACCGGAGUACGAUGGCCCGGGGGCCGAGCAGCCCGCCCUGGGUCUGGCCCCGGCCGGCGGAGCUUCACUUGCCCCGGGAGCCGUGGCCGAGGACCCGCCGGAGCAAUACCGCGGCCCGGAUCCGCGCGGACUGUCCGGCUGGCGAGUUCAAAACAGCUGGGCCGCUGAGCUGUCGGUCGGGGAGCAGCAGCGCCUGGCCCUGGCCCGGCUGCUGUAUCACCGGCCAGCCUUCGCGGUGCUGGACGAAUGCACCGCAGCCCUGAGCCUCGGGGCCGAGGCUGCCGCAUACGCCCAUGCCAGGCGCGCCGGCAUCACCCUCAUCAGCGUGGCUCACCGGCCCUCGGUGUGGGCCUUCCACAACAAGGUGCUCAUUUAUGAUCGCCAACUCCCGCGGGGGUACCAUUUUGGGGACUUCGAUCCGGUCCGGCGCGAGCGCCUCUGGCAACAGAAGUGCCAUCUGGAGAACCUCCUGCGCGAGGCGGAGAAACGCCGGACCCAAGUCGCCGACAAGGUGGUGUCUUCGGGCUGAGGCGCCCCGGUUCUCGCCAGGCAGGGCGGGCCUCCGAACGAGGGCCAACAAAGGGAAGGGGCGUCGAGGGCGAUAUCCACGGCACGCAUGUCCUCGGGGGAGCAUGACCACCUGCUUCCCCCUCCCCCCUCUCCCUGGGCGGUGAAGCGUUCACCCAAUAGCCAACAGCAUGCAAAAUCACACCACAUCCAAGAGCCGGAAACACCCACACAGAUGGCGAGGGCUUGUCUGUUGAGGAACCAACAAACAAGGGCCGAGAG